AUGGCAGCACACGCGAACAACCCUCUGCCCAGCUCUGAAUUUAAUUUCUUCAUUUAUCUCCCUUCACGGCUUGCUUCAACUCUCUCAUCAUCCGCCCGCCACUCCUAUCGCCACCCGUUCACUCUCCCACCACCCCAUACAAACACUAUCGCAAUGGCCCAGUCUCGUGAGGACUCUGUCUACCUCGCCAAGCUCGCUGAGCAGGCUGAGCGUUAUGAGGAGAUGGUCGAGAACAUGAAGCGCGUUGCUUCGUCCGACCAGGAGCUCACCGUCGAGGAGCGUAACCUCCUCUCCGUAGCCUACAAGAACGUCAUCGGUGCCCGUCGCGCGUCGUGGCGCAUCGUCUCCUCCAUCGAGCAGAAGGAGGAGUCGAAGGGCAACGAGGUCCAGGUCAAGAUGAUUAAGGGCUACCGGGAGAAGAUUGAGAGCGAGCUUGCCAAGAUCUGCGAGGACAUCCUCGAUGUUCUUGACAAGCACCUCAUCCCCUCAGCCGCCUCUGGCGAGUCCAAGGUGUUCUACCACAAGAUGAUGGGUGACUACCACCGUUACCUCGCCGAGUUCGCCACUGGCGACAAGCGGAAAGAGAGUGCCGACAAGUCGCUCGAGGCCUACAAGGCUGCGUCCGAUGUCGCUGUCACUGAGCUUCCCCCCACCCACCCCAUUCGUCUCGGUCUCGCACUCAACUUCUCCGUCUUCUACUACGAGAUCCUCAACAGCCCUGACCGCGCGUGCCAUCUCGCCAAGCAGGCGUUCGAUGAUGCCAUUGCUGAGCUCGACACGCUCUCGGAGGAGAGCUACAAGGAUUCCACUCUUAUCAUGCAACUGCUCCGCGACAACCUUACCCUCUGGACUUCGGACAUGCAAGAGUCUGACAAGCCGGUGGAUAAGGAUGAUGCCGCUGACGCCCCCGCUGAGGAGGGCGCAUGA